UUCACAUCAUAUGGAGCUAGACAGCUACACUGAGUAGUCUGAUCCAUUACUUGAGGAUGUCACCGGGGUCUCUUGUGCUCUGCACUGACCAUCCAGCAUUGAUUCCCUCCCUCUGACAUACAGAGAGAGGAUGCGCUGGCCGGGACACAGGGCUGAGGUAUAGCCAGGUUCAUCCUGUUGCUCAAUCCUCCUUAUAUGCCCCAAGGAUCCCUACACUACAGUCUGGGAACUCCUGCCGUGGCUCAUUUAAGGAACAGCUUGUGUACACCAUGUCUGAAGGUACAGGUGAUAACCUUUUUUCCAGGCCAGCAACUACUUCAUCGGUUAAGUAUUUAGCUUGUGCCAAAUGCCGCAUCUGGUCACAAGGACCCUCUGUGUUCCACGUGCAAGCCACCUGAUGCAGUUUCGGAAACGUCAGAACUCCGUACUCAGGUAAGCCAAGCCUCCCAUGGGGACCCAUCAGGCCAGCCCCGGGACUCCACCCCCCUGGACCCCCAGCCUCCCCCAGAAUGGGCAUCUAAGCUUGCCGCCGGCAUUCCUAAAUUGGUGGAGUACCGUGGCUAGAUAAGCCUCGGCCUAAGCCUCCAAAAUGUAGAGCCCCCUCUCCUUCCGAGGAUGAGUGUGAGGCGGAGUCCAUCACUACUUCAUCCCUGCCGCCUGACUCCGAGGAGGAUCCGGCUCUGUCUGAUGGUGAACUAUCUCACAGUUCCGACCCAGAGUAAGGGGAAUCCCCCCAAACUCUCCUCCGAGGCCAUUGAUUCCCUCAUUUCAGUAUUAGAGACCCUUCACUUAAAGGAGCCUGAACCUAGUUGCAGUACCUCCUUGUUUAAGCGCCGCAGCAGGUCCUCACCUUCCUUUCCUCUCUCAUGCUCAACUCGAGCAAAUUAUACAACAGGAAUGGUUCAAGCCAGAGGGAUGUUUCCAGGCUAACCGCCGUUUUUCUCAAACUAUAUCCUUUUCCACAGGAACUAACGGAAAAGUGGACCUCCCCACCUUCAGUGGACGCGCCUGUCUCUCGACUAUCUAAGGACACUGCUUUACCAGUUCCUGAUGCAGCCUCCUUCAAGGACUCCAUGGACAAGAAGCUUGAGGGCAUUCUAAGUUCCCUCUUCUCUGCUUCAGGUACCUCCCUUCGGCCUGUUCUAGACUCGGCUUGGGUAAGUAGAGCCGUCCAAACUUGGUCGGACGCCUUAUGCCGAGCGAUUGCCACAAGGGUCCCCCGUGAAGAACUCGCUCAUUUGGCCUCGCAAAUCAAGGAGGCUGACUACCUAUGUGAAGCCUCCCUCGAUGUGCUACAGGUGAUUAGCAGAACUUCAGCCGACUUGUCGGUAUCGGUUCGCAGAUCUCUCUGGAUGAAACUGCGGACUUGUCUUCAAAAAAGUCUCUCACGACACUCUAUCACCUGCAGAGGACGCUUCAGUGGAAUGUCCAGGCCAUCCUGGCAGUCCCGCAAGUCCACGUCUGCAUUACUCACCCCUUCUUCCCUUCAGCGACUCAGCCGUAGGGGGAGGGAGACUUUGCAGGUUUGCCGACUCCUGGAAGAAUCUGACUCAAGACGCCUAGGUACACAGGUCGUGAGUCAGGGCUACCACCUAGAAUUCGCUUCUCUCCCGCCCCGCCGGUUCUUCAUGUCCAGAUAUCCUCAGGGGCAUCAAAAGGCUCAGGCGCUGCACGACGCGAUCGGCAAGCUUAUCCGUUCAGAGGUCAUCAUCCCUUUUCCGACUGAGGAGAGAUUCCGAGGCUAUUACUCAAACUUGUUUGUAGUUCCCAAGAAGGAUGGAUCUGUUCGGCCAAUCCUGGACCUCAAGGAACUCCAUACUUUCAUUCGACCGCGAAGGUUCAAGUUGGAAUUCCUCAGGUCUGUCAUCGCGGCCCCAAUUUUCUGUCCCCAUCAGAGAUUCUUGCGAUUUGCCUUCCAAAAUCGCCACUUCCAACUCACAGACCUUCCCCUUGGCCUGAACUUGGCCCCUCGUGUCUUUACCAAGAUCAUGUCGGUGGCCACUGCUCUAAUCCGCACCAGGGGGAUCUCCAUAACUUCUUAUCUGGACGAUCUCCUGAUCAAGGCACCUUAAUUUGCAGUGGCCCAGCAGGCGUUGCACUUCACCAUGGUUCGAUUACAGGAGUUUGGUUGGUUCAUCAACCUGGACAAGUCCUCGUUAACCCCAAGCCAAUCCAUGGUCUUCCUCUGGAUGCAGUUCAACACCCAGACACAAACUCUCCCAGUGACAAGGUCCAGCAUUUGCGGACCCUCGUGCGGUCUCUCCUCUCGAAGUCCCACACUGCGAGAUUCUACAUGAAGGUGUUGGGAGUCAUGGUUUCGAUGAUAGAAUCAGUUCCCUUCACCCAAUGUCACCUCAGGGAGUUUCAGUCGAAUAUUCUUGCGGCCUGGAGGCACAAAUCCCUUCUCCUGGAAUUUCGUUUAUCCCGCAGGACUCGAGUCUCUCUUCUCUGGUUGAUGCAAACCAGUCACCUGACCAGGGGCAGACCCCUAGGGGAUCCACAAUGGUGACUGCUCACCACAGAUGCAAGCCUCUCCGGUUGGGGAGCAGUGCAGAGGGUCGGUCAGCGCAGGGUCGCUGGUCUCUAUCGGAACAAUGUCUUCACAUCAACCUUCUUGAGAUACAGGCAAUCCAACUCGCCUGUCAGCCAUCUUCAUUCCAGGUCUCUUAAACUGGGAAGCAGAUUUCUCAGCAGACAUCCCUAGAUCCCUGCGAGUGGCCUGUAAAGGACAACAUCUUCCACAAGAUCACUCAAAGAUGGGGGACGCCAGAGGUCGAUCACAAUCGUAAAGUUCCUCUCUUCUUUGCAAGGUCCAGGGACCCUCUGGCGGCAGACGCCCUCACCUCUCCCUGGGACUUCCAUCUUGCGUUCUUUCCAAGAAAGAUCAAGAAACUUCAGAGAGA